AUGUCUUCAUUAUCAAGAGAGGCUCAAAGAAGUAUUUACGAAGGCUUGGAAUCAACGGAUAACAUCUUCUCGUAUAUUCUUGCAUUACCACCUUCUGAGUUGGACGCAUUGUAUGAUCAUACUUGGACAUGUAAAGCUGUGUUUAGAUUUCUUUCCGAUAUCGCAAAGCAAUAUGUGAUGAGAAUGUUGUUUUGCGCAGAAAUACCUCGCAAGCAAAUACAACUAGAUGUACCAAAAAAAUUAACUAAUUUAUCAGGAUAUUUAGAUAGUAGUACAGGAUCAAAGAAAAAUCAAGAACAAGAUCAAAAAGCACUCUUAAAGCAAAUUCAAGAUGCUCACGAAAACGCUUUAGCUCAAUUGAUAACAUAUAGAAUUAUUAGCCUUGUUUAUAGCGAAACGCACAAGGAAGAGUUUUUUGUUAUGAAUAGUCAUUUCCAACAAACAUUUAGGAAAUUAGUCAGUAGUACUACUCAUAACUUGGUACCUACAAGUUCUCAUAGCCAUCAUCAUCAUCGAAAGAACCGAGAGUCAUCAAAGGAAAACACAGAUCACAUAACUGACGAGGGUGAUCACAACGAUGCUGAAUCGGAGUUGGAGCCAAAGAAGAAGAAACGAAAAAAACAUAAGCCUAAAGACUUAGACCCCGAGUUUCUUCAAGAGUACUCAAAGAGAAAAUGGGAGAACGUUCUAUUAUAUCUUGUUGGAACUGCAGUUGAAACAGAGCAAUCCUUUUCAGAAAAUGUUAAAGAAUUGCUCAAAUGCUCCCAACUUAUCAAAAGAUCACAAUCAGUUAAAAUCACAAAUGAAGGAUUCCAAUUUUUGCUUCAAGAAACCAAAGUUCAGGUUUGGAAGCUAUUGAAACAAUAUUUAGAAACAGCACAUGGAAGAAAUCAAAGCAAAACUGAAAUCCUUAACUUUAUUUUUGAAUUGGGAUUUUUAGAAAUUGGAAAAGAAUAUAGUAGCAAGGAUUUAACACCAACUCAAAAAAGCGUGCUCGUAGACUUUAAUGACCUGGGCAUAAUCUAUCUUCCAAGAGACAAGAAGACGAGAAUUAAGGAUAAAUAUUAUUUCCCAACUCCAUUGGCCAAGAACUUGACAGUGUCCGUUUCAACAAGUUAUGAUUCUGUAACUUCUUUUGGAGUUUCAAAUAAGGAAACGGGAAGUGGUUACAUUAUUGUAGAAACUAAUUACAGAGUCUAUGCCUACACAAACUCCCCUCUGCAAAUCGCUCUCCUUUCAUUAUUCAUUUUUCCAGAAUAUCGUCUACCAAAUCUGAUAGUUGGUCUAAUCACUAGAGCUACCAUUAGAGAAGCCCUCAAGAAUGGAAUUACUGCUCACCAAAUUUUACAAUUUUUAAGGUUGAAUGCUCAUCCAAUUAUGAGACAGAAAAAACCAGUUAUUCCCGACACUGUUUCGGAUCAAAUUAUUUUAUGGGAAAAGGAGAGAAAUAGAUUGAAAAAGACACAAAGUGUAGUUUAUGACAAGUUUACCAGUAUCAAAGAUUUGGAAAAUACUAUUGAAUAUGCAAAGAGUAUUGGUGCAUUGCUGUGGAGCAGUACUGAGCAAAUGAUGCUUAUUUGCAGAAGGGAUAAGCAUGAAUUGAUGAAAAGGUUCAUCUCCGCUCACACCCAUUAA